CCUCACGGAAGAGGAAGCUGAGGCCGAGGCGUCCCCGGCGCCCAGCCCCGCGCUCCCCGUGACGGCUCAAGGGCAGCGCCGGGUGACCCCCGCCCUGAGAGCCCACCGCGCUGCCCCCGGGCUUUCCUCCCUCCAGCAGGACACCUUGGAAUAAAGGCCUGAAUAUCAGAAAAAGCAGGAAUUAAUAAGACAUUGUCAGUGGUUUCCAGAGUUUGUAUUUCUUAAGGUAAUCUGAUGUUUGGAAAGGCAGCAGACUCUUUAAGGGAAAAAUAUGAUUUAUUUCCUACUCAUCACGGCUUUUGUUUUUACUAGUGUCCUGUGACUAAUCUCACUAACAUGAGUUAAGGGUUAAUGUAAAGCUGUGCCCCAAGGACAGAGGCAGCACAGGCAGAGCCACCAGUGCCUGUGAGCCCUGGGCCAGAAAACAUCAAACAUUAACAUGUACUUGUGGGAUACUCCAGCAUGAACUUCGCAUAGAAUACUGAGGACAGAGUGGGAAAAGAAAAAGAUUUUAUGUUUAGAAUAUGUCAUAAAACCUGCAGUUUGAAUUCUUUGAAGUGCCAUAAAUCUCCACUGUCCAAUGCAAUGAGGACAGGAGAGCUCCUAAAUAUUCAUGCAACACCCUUGUGCAGGUACAUCUUGGCCAACCUACCAAAACCAUUCCUUGCUGUGCCAACACCUCUAUCAGGCAUCCACUGCCAGGUGCCAGUGCCAGAGGAGCCCUGUCCCUUUGCAGAGCAGCACAGCCUCCAGGAUGGCUCUGCUGGAGACCAGCAAAUACUCGCAGGGCUCAGUGCUCGGCAGUGUGAACCCCGACCUCGCCAGUGAGCGACAAACAGCCUCCUUCAGCGUGGAGAAGCUCACGGCCCUGCUGGAUGGUGGCACGGAGCAGACACGGAUACGGAGGGCAGUGGUGGAAGUUAUCGAGUCUGACCCGGUAUUUAGCAGAGAAAAUCAGUAUUUCCAGACCCAGAAUGAGAGGUACGAAGCAGCAGUCAGGAAGGCUGUUCAUCUCCAGAAAAAGAUGCAUGAGAUGGGAUGGACUGAGAACGGACCUGAAUUUAAGUACAUUUACAGGGCACUGUCAGGAGAUGUUGCGUUCCUCCUUCACCGCGUCUUCAUGAGAAGUAUUUCAGUGCUGGGCUCUGACAAACAAAUUUCCAAAUGGAUUCCUCUCGCCACCCAGCACAAGCUUAUUGGAAGCUACGCACAGACUGAACUGGGACAUGGUACUUACCUUCAAGGUUUGGAAACAACAGCAGUCUUUGAUACUGCUACUCAGGAGUUUAUACUGAACACACCAAAGAUCUCUGCCAUGAAGUGGUGGCCUGGAGAUAUGGGAAGAUCAGCAACCCACACAGUGGUCUUUGCUCAGCUGUACAUCCAUGGGAAGUGCUAUGGCAUCCAUCCCUUCAUCGUGCAGAUACGCAGCCUUCAGGAUCAUUCCCUCUGCCCAGGCAUAACUGCAGGAGACAUCGGUCCCAAAAUGAAUUUUGAGCACAUUGACAAUGGCUACCUCCUGCUGAAGAAUGUGCGCAUCCCCAGGGAGAACAUGCUGAGCAAGUUUUGUGAGGUUCAACCAGAUGGCACCUAUGUAAGACAGGGGUCACAGAAGAUUAAUUAUUUCACAAUGACGACAGUGCGCAUUUCGCUCAUUUCAGACGAGGUUCUGACCCCCCUCAUGAAGGCUUGCACCAUCGCCAUCCGAUACUCAGUGGUUCGCCGGCAGUCCAAGUUAAAGCCUGGGGAACAAGAAGCAAAAAUCCUUGACUACCAGACUCAGCAAGAGAAACUUCUGCCCCAGCUGGCAGCAGCCUAUGCCUUUCAUUUCAUCAAUGACUACCUGCAGGAGCUAUUCAACAGGGGGUACACAGAGAUCCAGAGGAAGAACUUUGACAUGCUGCCAGAGCUUCAUGCAUUAUCUUCAGGUUUUAAAGCCGUGAUCACUCAGCACUGCACUGCAGGAGUGGAGAUCUGUCUCCGGGCCUGUGGGGGCCAUGGCUACUCCCUGCUGAGUGGACUGCCUUCCUUGUAUACCAAAAUACUUGCCUCUUGUAUUUAUGAAGGGGAAAACACCAUUUUGCUCCUGCAAACUGCCAGGUUCCUGAUUAAGUGCUUCAUGGCAGCCAGUGCUGGCCAGCCUGUGCCACCAUCUGUCACUUAUCUGGCUGCAGUGAAACACGGGAGGUGUCCAGCCAAGAACAAGCUGGAUUUUCUCAGUCCAGAUAUUUACACUGAGGCCUAUCAACACAUGGCAGUCAGGCUCACAAGCAGCACAGCAGCAAAACUACAGGAUUUAAUUCAGUCUGGAGUCAAAAAGCAUGAUGCGUGGAACCAGUGCACAGUGCAGCUGGUGCAGGCUGCAAAGGCUCACUGCCACUACAUUGCAGUGAAAAACUUUGCAGAAACAGUGGAAAAACUCGAGACCAAGGCUGGCAUCCAGAAGAUUAUGAAACAUCUCUGUGACCUCUUUGCACUACAUGGGAUCUUCUCAAAUACAGGAGCCUUCUUACAUGAUGGAUACACAUCUGCAGCUCAAAUGGACAUGGUCACAGCAUCCUACCUGGACCUCCUGGCUGUCAUUCGGAAGGAUGCUGUGCCACUGGUGGACGCUUUUGACUUCACGGACAAGAGCCUGAACUCUGCACUUGGCAGCUACGACGGACAGGUUUACCAGCGGCUCUACGAGUGGGCUCAGAAGUCACCCACCAACCAGAUGAGCCCAGCCUACGAGAGGUAUUUGAAGCCACUUCUGCACAACACACUAUCGAAAUUAUGAAGACCAUGUUCCAAGUGAAGGGCACACAUUUCCUUCUGUUCUUUGUGCAGCAGUACAUUUAUGAAGCAUCAGUAAUGACUAAUCAGAAUUAAUAAUCAGUUGCUUAUUUGCAGUUACAAGUAUGAAAGAUUCUCAGCCAGCAAUUUGCAAUUAGACAGAUGCCAACAGCGCUGAGUGGUACCUGCUGCUGUGAGACAAUCUAAUCAGGAAUGGUCCAGGUUUUCUAUCCUGAAGUGUCUUGACAGCAUCAAAACUCUCUCAUUUGACUUUCUUACUCUCUUUCUAAAGCCACUAUAUGGUGAUUGAGAGAAAAAAAACCAUCACCACACUGUGAACCCUCUCUCAGUGUGUUGUAACUAUAUAGUGACUUCAGAAACCCAAAACAACCAACUUUACUGAAAAAUCCAUGGUGAAAUAAUGAUCUUAGGAACAAGCUGUUCUCUUCAAUCAGAAAGUAUAUUUGAAAGUGCAUCUGUUUUGACAAUUAAAAUAGCUCUUGAUUUGCUCAGUACUGGAAUAUUCCUGCCUAAUGAAGAUGCAGACAAAGCUGAUGCCAGCUCCAGUCUGCAGAAUUUACCUUCCCAUUAAUAGAGCUGCUCAUACUGUCUUUCUAUAAAUCUUUAGCUCAAAUAAAGUGUAUUAUUUGGAAUACUGCUUCUCUAAUUAUUAUACUUCAUAAUUAUGGAAAGGGCAGGCUGAUCCAGGCCAGUCAUUAAUUUGCUCAUAAAUGAAGUGUUGCAAAGAACAUCUUGUGAUUAUAAUUCAAUGCCAGUUAACACGGAAAUUUCUUACCAUGUGUUGCAAGAAAGAAACUUUUCCUGAGCUUCAUCAGUUCUGCUUCUCUUCCCUCCUUGACAGCAAGAAUAAAGCUCUCACUGCUGCCUCUUA